CUCGACAAGUUCUUGCAGGAACGCCCUGCACCCGAGGAGCUCGUCGAGAAGAAUAUUCUCAAAGAUCCAAAGCUCGCCCCUGCAUUGCAACACCAGGCUGAAGAGCUCAAGAAGGCAAAGCUCGAGGAUGCUCUCGCUCACAAGAUCGAGAACCGUCCUCCUCCAGAGAAGCUGAUUGAGCAGAAUAUCCUUCAUGACUCGACGGUUGCACCAAGAAUUCAGAAGCAGGCAGAGGAAUUGAAGCGCACACAGCUCCAGAGCGCAUUGAACUCGAAACUCGAGCACCGACCUGCGCCCGAGGAGCUGGUUGAGAAGCACAUUCUUUAA